AGCACUUAACCACGCAUGCGCACGAUUAAACCCGGAAGUGGAGAGGCAGAGCCGAGCCGCACUGAAGAUUUUACAGAAAAAAUGAUGCUGCUUCACUUCACUAAAGAAGUUUUACCGGAUUCUGUCAGCACGGACUUCCAGAACCUCAACAAACUCAACGAGCAGCAAUUUCCUCGUCUGAUUGAAAUUCUGUUCCAGUUCCUGCUGGAGCCUAAAGAGACGGAGAGGUUCAUGCAGCUGCUUGGUGAGUUUGCAGGGGAACAUGGGAUGAGUGCCGGUCCUCUGAAGAACCUGAUGAAGAGUGUCCUCCUGGUGCCACAGGGCGCCUUAAGGAAAAACCUGACAGCUGAGCAGAUCAAAGAAGACCUUGUGACAUUAGGUCUAAGUGAAGACAAGGCGGCUCACUUUUCACAGCAGUGGGGGGAGCACUAUGCAGCGCUGUCGAGACUCGCUGUGGGACAGACUCUGAUGGUCAACCAGCUGGUUGACAUGGAGUGGAAGUUUGGAGUGACUGUUGGCACCAGUGAAAUACAGAAAGUGGGCAACAUCUUUCUGCAGUUGAAGCUGGUGGUCAAAAAGGGGAUUUCCACUGAAAACGUCUACAUGGAAUUGACGCUCCCACAGUUUUACAACUUCCUACAUGAGAUGGAGAGAGCCAAGGCCAGCAUGGAGUGUUUCAGCUGAGAGUGUGUAUGUGUGUGACUGUGUGUGUGUGUGUGUGUGUGUGUGUGUGUGUGUAUGUGUGACUGUGUAAGAGAGAGACUGUUUGUUUGUGUGCAAGCCGGUUUGUGUUGGCUGUAAGUGCAGCGCAGUGUGUGAGUGUUAUGUAUUACAUCAUGCGUGUCUGUGUGUGACACUGACUGAAGCUGAACACAUUGUAUUUACUAUCAGAUAUUUCUACUCGUCUAAACAUGAAUAAAAAAAGAAAACAUUCA